AUGCCCCGCUUGCAGGACGGGCCGGCCGGGGGCGAUGACAGCAGCAACGUCAACAAGCACAAGCGGGCAGCGGCGGCAGGAGAACCGCAGCAGAGCUCAGCCGGGAUGGCUGUCGGUGCGGGCAUCGCCGCGCGGACUACGGAGCAACUGGCGGACGCUUGGCGGAUCUGGCCGGUGAUGACGAUUUCAGCCGUGCACUCGGCAGUGAAGGGCUGGUUCACACGGAUGGAUGCUGCCCUUCUUGGGCUUCCAAGGGGGCUAGGACCAGCGGUGUCGUCGUUGAUUCGUCUCUUGUCGCUGGCGAUCGCCGCUUCCAUAGUCACCUCGGUGAUCACCAGGACUUCCCAGGACCUGCUGAAGCUGCCAUCGAGGGCUUCCAAGGCCGUUGGAGAUCCUUCCAGCUACACUCCGGGUAGGCACAACUGGGUGGCGGCUCCCUCUCGGUGGGACCCCCACUACUGCAGCGUGUGCAGCGAAGCCAUCGCAUGGAACUCAGACGCCGGCGUCCGUUGCCAGAUUUGCGGGUCGCAUGCGCACGCGAGCUGCAGCAAGCGCGCCCAUAAGGAAGGGUUCGGAUGCAAGACCCUGUGCAGCGCGGACGUGGAGAUGUCUCACAAGCGGCUGUAUCACCCACUGGAGGAGGCCGAGGACGAAGACGACGACGCUUGCCUCCUCCCGGAACCGGAGGAAAAACCUCCUCCUGUCAUGCGGCACCAGUGGAUGCGCGGGAGCAUCGACGACUCUCAGCCGUGUGCCGCCUGCGGGGGUUCUUGCGCUGGCAGCGGCGCCACGGGACAGCACGGGUUCUCCUGCGCCUGGUGUAAGCUACAGGUGCACGAGGGCUGCAUCUCCCGCAUGGCCCACACGGAGUGCUCGCUCGGCCGACACCGCCGGUUGAUCCUCCCGCCGACCGCCGUGCUCAAGGACCAGCCGCGAAAGAAACGCGGUCUCAUCCGGGACGCGGUGAGCAAGGUGCGGAGGGUCCUUCCCGGACACCGCGAAGACGAGUGCGAUCCGUCUUCGUACAGCGUUGAUCCGAACGACCCCGAAGCGGUAGCGCCGGCGACGGGGGGAGCAUCGGCCGGGCAAGGCGCAGGCUCUUCGGACGGAGGAGGGUCCGACCAGGGGAGCGGAUUCGUGGAGGCCGUGAGGGAGGCGGCGGCGGCGCUGGACGUCUCGGGGGCGAAGGGGGUCGGGAGCCGGCUUGCCGGAAAGGUUCGGGACGCCGGCGAGAAGGUUUUGGAUGCCGGGUUCGACGUGGCAGCUGGCCUUGAUGUCGCCGGGGACAGCGCUAAGGAGGGGGGGCGGCGGCUGGCGGAGAAGGUGUUGGACGCCAUGCCGAUCGAGCUCGAGGACGAUGUGUGGGAAGAAGCGUUAAAGGGGGAGGGGUACAGGAGUGUGAACAAGGAUGUAGAUGACGAUGGUGGUGGUGGUGACGGUGAUACUGAGCCGCCGCCCCCUGCGACUAGUAUUCGUGAGUCCGAGGUCGACGGAGUGUGGGAGGAGGCCCUCUCCCUGUCGGCUGCGGCGAAAGAAGAGGAGGGGGAGUCGCCGCUCGCAGGCGAUGCCGAGGGGGAGAGGACGGCCGCGGGGACGGCCGUGAAAGGGUUGGCGGGGGGAGAUGAGGCGUCAUCGAGGCGCGGGGGCCAGUCAUUGCGACCGAGGCCAGCAGCGGGGGAAGAAACAGCGGAAGAAGCGGUCGCGGAGAGGGGAGGGGAUGAGCGGACCAUCGGGUGGUCGUCUGAAGAGCGAGGGUCUCCUGGCAUUGCAGCAGAUGACGGUGAUGGUGAUCAAAGGGAUGUCGAUGGUGAUGGCGACGGUCAAGGUCGGGGUGAAAGCGGCGGCGCGUGGGUUUCGGGGAAAAGUGCGGACGGUGAAGGCGGUGUCGGAGAAGAAAACAACGUUGCCGUGACAGCGGCAGCUGCAGAGUCGGGCCCCGCGGGAGGGGAUGCACCGGCGACAUCAUCCCCUGACGACGAAGCUUGGAGCGAUUCGUCGUCGCACGAGGACGGGGGCCUGGAGGAUGAUGACAUCCCUGAGGGGGCUCGGGAGACGAUCGUGUCGG